GGCCCCGCCCGGGGCAUGCGCAGUGCGCGCCGCGCGGCCUUUUCCCGGCGGGACGGCGGGGCCCUGACGGGAGCUGCGGUUCCCGCGGUUCCCGGGGCGGGGUCCGGGCUGUGGCGAGGAGCCGGACGCUGCCCGGGCGGGUGGUCGGGGCUGCCGCUCGGGGCAGGGGAGCCGCCGCUGGCGAAGGGGCCGGGCUGGGGCUCCUGUGCCGGGAGCCGGUUUGCGCCCCCCGGCAGCGCCGUGCGCGCGGAGAGACCUCGGGACGUGUGCGGGGAUGGACGAGGCGUUCCGGAGCUCGGGCCCGGCUGUUUUCCAGAUGUACUCGCAGAGAUUCGGCCGUGGGGAAGCUGCAGAGAAGGCUGCCCGGCACAGCUCCCCCGAAAGGGCCUUCCCCGACUGAGCUCUCCCGGAGGACGGGGCACUUGCAGCCGCCUGGUCCUUCCUGUGAAAUUCGGGACUGUCUCCAUGCAGGACACAGCACAGGGGACGGGCCGAGGGGCUCAGCCUGGGACGCGGCCCCAGCAGGAGCGGCCCUGGGCACCCUGGCGCGGGAGGAUGAGCCCAGGUGAGGAGCGCGGCCCCAGCGCGGCCCCGGCAGAGGCUGGCACCGGAGGAGGGAAUGUCCGAGACACAGGAGACGCUGCCGCAGCUGUCCCCAGGAGAGCUGGCGGCCCCGCCUCACGUCCGCUGCCGGGAAUGGGACUGGGAGAGGCCUCCACGCGGAGACUGGCGCGGCUCCGGUCCCCGAUGGAAGAGGCUGGGCUCCCUGCUGCUCGGAGCUCCUCAUCGGGACGUCCGCGCCCGCCUCGGAAUCCGGGCUGCCGUAAUCGCGGCUCCGGCCACGAGACGUUCCUGCCGCAGCUGCAGGUGAUAGCCGGUCCAGCUUGCUGAAGCUCCGAGAUGCUCCAGAUCCGGCUUCAUAAGCGCUGCUGCUUUUUGUUACAAGCCAGUUUAAAGCUCCAGCUACUUGCAGUUAGCUGGGCUUUUGGCCAAGUUGUAAAUCACUCACUGUCAUCAACUGCAUAUAACUAUUAACUGUCAUCGAGUUAUUGUUCAAAUAGAAGUCAUAACUGUUUUGGUGCUUGUACACAAUAAACACUUGGACGUGGAAAA